AUGACUACCUCACAAGAGCACAAACCCCUUGAAGAGCUUAAGGUUGACAUCAAGUCGAACAGCCCAGCUCAAUAUGAACCUUCCAUCGAGCUUGCAGAAUCACCGGGUAUGGAAAUUCGACUAGGAUGGCGUACUUGGACCGUCGUUUUCAUUUCAGCAUACCUCACUCUCUUCAUGCAGAUAUUCACCACUGUCGCGGCACCGUCCACCAUCGCUUUCAUUGUUCAAGAACUGGGCGAUCAGCCCAUGUCUGCCUGGGUGCUACAGGCUCCAUUACUGAUCCAGGCGGUCCUGAACCCAAUUCUCGGGCGGUUGUCCGAUGUCCUAGACCGCAAGAUGUUGGUGACAACAACACCUCUCAUCGCGUUUGCUGGCUCUGUUAUGUCGGCGAAAGCAAACGACAUGAACAUGUUGAUUGCCGGCGGCGUCCUCUACGGCGUCACGCUCGCUACUAUAGGAGUUGUUGGGACAAUUCCUGCAGAGAUCUUACCACUCAAAUACCGCACUGUGGCAAGCGGUGUUAGUUUCCUUGGUGGCGCCAGUGGUGCACUUGCUGCUGGCCUUGUUGCCGGUGCCUUCUGUCGGAGCCCAGGUGGAUGGCGAAACAUGUUUUGGGUCCAGGCGGCUUUGCAGAUACUUGUGUCUGUUUGCUUCUUCAUCUUCUACUGGCCUCCUAAAUCCAAUCGAGAGUUCCCAAAGAUGAAAAUCUCUCAGAUCAUUUGGGCCUGUGAUCCAAUAGGUUCCACUCUCUACAUUGGGGGAGCUACCUCUGUACUGAUGGCUCUUAACUGGGCUUCUGGUCUCUACCCAUGGUCCGACAUCCAUGUGGCAGUGCCCUUGGCUGUCGGCUUGUUUUGUCUCAGUGUCUUUGGCGUCUACGAAUGGAAAGGUAGAACAGAUGGUAUCAUGGCCCAUGUUUUCUUCAAAUCCGGGCCCAACUUCGCCCUCGCUCUCUUCGCAACCUUAGUAGAAGGCUGGAUGUACUAUAGCGCGGUCAACACGAUCUCGAACCAAACGACAUUUUAUGUAGGCUGGGAAACCGAUGCCUUCAUAAUUGGAGUACGCCAACUUGCAUACAGCGGUCCUACACUACUGGCCUCGCUUCUCGUGAUUUGGUAUUCAACUCGAUAUAAAGACGUCAAAUGGCCUCUCGUUGUCUGCUUCACUCUAUUCCUCGUCACAGCUUGCGUCUACGCCGCGACUAAAGCUGACUGGAAUUAUGUUCAACUCGGUGUCAGUGCUGUGUGUGGUAUCGGACAGGCCGGACCGCUGAUUUUGCUGGUGGCUGUGGCCCAGUACGCAGCACCACAUGCCUAUCUCUCCACCGCAACAGGUGUAGUUUUCUCCAUCCGUGCAAUCGGGGGUGCCAUGGGUUCCGCGGUGCUGUACACGAUUGCUUUCGGUCACGUGGGAUCUCACUACAACGACGCUGUGGCUCAAGCCGCUAUCGGAGCGGGUCUAGCACCAGAUAAUGUACCCAUCCUGUUGGGAAUCAUGGCAAACGGCAACGGCCCACCAACUGAACAAACACUCGCUGGAGUGCUAUCACAGGCUCUACCAUCUGCUACUCUGCCAAUCAUUCAAGCUGCGAGAAAAGCGGGACAGGUCGUCUUCGCUAGGGCUUUUGGACUGGCUUGGGCUAGCAUCAUUCCCAUGGCAGUUAUCUCAAUCGUAUGUUGCGCGCUGCUGCGGGGAGUGGAUCAACUGAUGACAGAGAAGGUGGAAGCUCCGCUUGAGAAAUCGCAGGAUGAUCUGGAGCAAAAGAUGCAGUCUGCUGUCCAGAACUGA